GCACAAAGUCACUUCAAUGAUCUUCACAAUCACUGAGCAGCUGGUGGCAGAGUAAAUCAGAAAUCAAGUUCUCUGGCCUCUAGCUAGAAUUUGCCCAUUUCUAGUGGUGUUUCUCAUUUCUCCCUCACAUUUUAACACUAGGACUCCUUGCCGAGAAGAAUAAUGAGGGGAUGUCUGAGGAAGGCAACUAGCUUAGAGGGGGAAACUAAAGGCAAAGAAUUAAAUAUGCAUGACUUUUGGCCAGGCUCUCAUGAUGGAAUCUCAUCUCUUCCACAAUUUCUACAGGACUUUGGGCUCAGGAUGGUGGCAGCAGCUAUGUUGCUACGGUCCUGUCCAGUGCUCUCUCAGGGCUCCAAAGGCCUGCUAGGCAAGGUAGCUAAAACCUACCAGUUCCUAUUUGGUAUUGGACGCUGCCCCAUCCUGGCCACUCAAGGACCAAUCUGUUCUCAAAUCCAUCUUAAGGCAACCAAGGCUGGAGGAGACUCUCCAUCUUGGGCUAAGAGCCAUUGUCCUUUCAUGCUGUCAGAACUCCAAGACGGGAAGAGCAAGAUUGUGCAGAGGGCAGCUCCAGAAGUCCAAGAGGAUGUCAAGACUUUCAAGACAGACCUGCUGAGCUCCAUGGAUUCAACUUCCCGAAGCCAUUCAUUCCCUCAUUUCCAGGAUCCAGAGCAGACUGAAGGGGCACUUCCCCAUCUGAUUCAGAACAAUAUGACUGGAAGCCAGGCUUUUGAUUAUGACCAAUUUUUCAGAGACAAGAUCAUGGAGAAGAAACAGGACCACACCUACCGUGUGUUCAAGACUGUGAAUCGCUGGGCUAAUGCCUAUCCCUUUGCCCAACACUUCUCUGAGGCAUCUAUGGCCUCAAAGGAUGUUUCUGUCUGGUGUAGUAAUGACUAUUUGGGCAUAAGCAGGCACCCUCGUGUCUUGCAGGCCAUACAGGAGACCCUGAAGAAUCAUGGAGCUGGAGCUGGGGGCACCCGCAAUAUCUCAGGUACCAGCAAGUUUCAUGUGGAGCUUGAACAGGAGCUGGCUGAACUACACCAGAAGGACUCAGCUCUGCUCUUCUCCUCCUGUUUUGUGGCCAAUGAUUCUACUCUCUUUACACUGGCCAAGCUUCUGCCAGGGUGUGAGAUCUACUCAGAUGCAGGCAAUCAUGCCUCCAUGAUCCAAGGCAUUCGCAACAGUGGUGCAGUCAAGUUUGUCUUCAGACACAAUGACCCAGGCCACUUGAAGAAACUUCUCGAGAAGUCAGAUCCCAAGACACCAAAAAUUGUGGCCUUUGAGACUGUCCACUCCAUGGAUGGUGCCAUCUGUCCUCUGGAGGAAUUGUGUGAUGUGGCCCACCAGUAUGGGGCCCUGACCUUUGUGGAUGAAGUCCAUGCUGUAGGACUGUAUGGAACCCGGGGUGCAGGGAUCGGAGAGCGCGAUGGAAUUAUGCACAAGCUUGACAUCAUCUCUGGAACUCUUGGCAAAGCCUUUGGCUGCAUCGGCGGCUAUAUAGCAAGUACUCGGGACUUGGUGGACAUGGUGCGCUCCUAUGCUGCAGGCUUCAUCUUUACCACUUCACUGCCUCCCAUGGUGCUCUCUGGGGCUCUAGAAUCUGUGCGUCUACUCAAGGGAGAGGAGGGUCAAGCCCUGAGGCGGGCACACCAGCGAAACGUCAAACACAUGCGCCAGCUACUAAUGGACAGGGGUUUUCCUGUUAUCCCCUGUCCCAGCCACAUCAUCCCCAUCAGGGUGGGUGAUGCAGCACUCAACAGCAAGAUCUGUGAUCUUCUGCUCUCCAAGCACAGCAUCUAUGUGCAGGCCAUCAACUACCCAACUGUGCCUCGUGGCGAGGAGCUACUGCGCUUGGCCCCCUCCCCCCACCACAGCCCUCAGAUGAUGGAAAACUUUGUGGAGAAGCUGCUGCUGGUCUGGACUGAGGUGGGGCUGCCCCUCCAAGACGUGUCUGUGGCUGCAUGCAACUUCUGUCACCGUCCUGUGCACUUUGAACUUAUGAGCGAGUGGGAGCGAUCCUACUUUGGGAACAUGGGACCCCAAUAUGUUACCACCUAUGCUUAAGGAGCCAGCUGCCUUGGAUACCAACUCCACCUGCACUCUCCCUGGGGCUGGGCUUCCUCCUGCUCUCUGCUUUGCUGUGUGCUUCUAGCUGACUUGAUUCUGAAAAUAAAGAGCAACAUGAAACAUCCGUA